GGGCUGGCUGGGAGAGGGCGGGGCUCGCCGCUGGCCCGCCUCUUCUCCUGCUGCGCUUCGGGGCCUUAGGUGGAGACUGGCGCAAGAGGACGGCGGAGCCGGCGAGGAAGUCUUGAUUGAGGGUUUCUCUCCUCGGCUGGGCGGCGCUUGCUUCUCGCCCCGCUUGCCCGCUGGCGGCUCGCCUUGACCUGCCACACGCCGCCGCGCAGAUGUGAGCGAGCCUGGCCAGAGCUGUGCAGCCGCUCCGCUCAUCCGCGAUUGUGUCCCGCUUCUCCGCGCCAGGUCCCAGUGGGAGAAAUAUGUGGCAGCCGGCAACGGAGAGGCUGCAGCACUUUCAGACCAUGUUGAAGACUAAGCUAAAUGUCUUAACCCUUCGGAAGGAGCCUCUCCCUACGGUGAUCUUCCAUGAGCCAGAAGCCAUUGAGCUGUGCACCACAACUCCAUUAAUGAAGACACGGGCGCACACUGGGUGCAAGGUUACGUAUUUGGGUAAAGUUUCUACAACAGGGAUGCAGUUUUUGUCGGGUUGCACAGAAAAACCAGUCAUUGAGUUAUGGAAGAAACACACACUUGCCAGAGAGGACAUCUUCCCAGCUAAUGCUCUCCUGGAAAUCCGCCCCUUCCAAGUCUGGCUUCAUCAUCUGGACGUCAAAGGAGAAGCUACUGUCCACAUGGACACCUUUCAGGUUGCGCGUAUUGCUUACUGCACUGCUGACCACAAUGUGAGCCCAAACAUCUUUGCUUGGGUUUACCGAGAGAUCAAUGAUGACUUGUCCUACCAGAUGGACUGCCAUGCCGUAGAGUGCGAGAGCAAGCUAGAGGCCAAGAAGUUGGCACAUGCCAUGAUGGAGGCCUUUAAGAAAACUUUCCAUAGCAUGAAGAGUGAUGGCAGGAUCCACCGGAAUAGCUCAUCUGAGGAAAUGUCUCAAGAAUUGGAAUCUGAUGAUGGCUGAUGUGAACUCAUUCAUGAUUAAGCAAAAACAGAAAUGGCCCUGGGGAUAGAAGCAUAUAGUUGAAUAAGCAACAGUUUGGUUUGGGAUAAGAGGUCUUCCCAGCACUUGACUGAUUCAGCUUUUCAAAAUAAAAAAGAACAAUUCAGUAAGCUCCCACAAAUACAUAUUUUUAAAUAAUCAUUACAAUGAAAGCUGCUGUUUUAAAAUGUGAGAGAAGAGCUUUUCAGUUUCUUAAAUUUUAUUUUCCUUUCCUUCUCACCUCCCAGUUAUUUUGGCCCUUUCUAUUCAGGUUCGUACUUUGAAUAUAAUUUUUUUGGCCUGUUGAAACCCAUCUGUGUAGUUCUAAUGAUAACAUCUUCUAAAAUUUGUUGCUAAAGUCUACAGCUGAUGCAUAGUAGCAAUCCAGAUCGGUUGCUAGACAGAAAAUAUGAAUUGGUGGUCUCGCGCCAAUCCUGUUGACCACCUCCAGUGUGAAAUAGCUACACAGCCUUUUAGAUUUAACAGCCUGACAGUCUCCCUUUAAUUCACAUUUCUCAGUUUGAAUAUUUAAAGAUGCUUAUAUUUACACGUUAUAAUCAUAUGCUUUGUUUUAUUUUAUUCAUUUUACGUUUUUAAUGUACCUGCAGCCAUUCACGUCCCAUUUAGCUUCCAUAGGUUUUUUUAAAAAAAAAAAAAACUGCAGGAAUACCAAAAGGUAGGGGAUGGAAAUCUGAUUGUGAACUCACUACCUUUGAAUCCCUGUUUCAAGAAAAAUGAAAUUUAAUUGAGAGAAAUCUUAUAAAGAUUCUGACAAGUACUUAACUCUUAUUCAGCCUUAGGCCUGGUGGGGCAAGCAAGAGAGUGCUAGUUUCACAACAGUCAUGUUGGCAACCACUGCUAUAUUGGCUUGGUUUCCUGGUACCACUUGUUCUCAAGGGUCAGGUUUGAGUUACUGUUAUGAUCACAGGAUGUGUAACAGAAAAAAGCCAAGGAUUAAUUGCAUUCACUUUGAGAGCAAAUGGCUUGUUCUGAUUUAAAACCUCAUGCUAAUAUUUCCUGAACCAUGAAAGGGUUCAUAAAUUAAGGAAGUUUUUGUUUUAAGUUUUAAGGCCAAGAGCUAAUUGGUAGUUUGCAGGUAAUACUGCUCUUUUAUACAGUCGUGUUCAUAAAACGUGGUAAUGUUUGGGGCACUAGGGCACCUUACAGAAGCCUUAAAAGAGAGCUAAUCAAAGCAGAUAGCUAUAGAAGUCUGUUCUGUUGUGUGAAUAUGUAUAAUGUUUGUUUGUGUAUAUGAGUGUACGCGUGUGAAUGUGUGUGAUUACUGUUUAAGCAUGUAGAUUGAUCAUGGGAACAUACUGAGGAGGACUCGCACCUCUUGAAAAUAUGCUUAUUGCUUUCCAAAUGUAUGUAAACAAUUCCUGCAAAAUAAAGGCAUUCAUACUUUAAUAAAAAAAUGUUUUAAUUAAAAAUAAA